AUGGGCUAUGAAGCUCAAAUGCAUGAAGAAGAUAAUGACAUGGAGGAAGAAGCGACACCUCUUCAUCAAAGCAUUGCCAAAGAACCACCAAGAGAAAUGGAGCAACAUAUUCGAAUGCCAAAAGUUAUGCAAUCUUUACCCAUAAUAUCUCCCUCAUUUCCCCAGGGCCAAAAGAAGAAGAAUGAGGAUGAGAAAUUCAAGAAUUUCCUAUCGGUGUUCAAGACAUUAUCUAUUAAUCUCCCCCUUAUGGAAGAACUGUUGGAAAUGCCGGGUUAUGCCAAGUUUAUGAAGGAACUAGUCACAAAGAAAAGGAGCUUAGAUUUUGAGACAAUUGAAGUUUCUCAUAGUUGUAGCGCAACCAUGACAAAUGAGAUGAUCAAAAAGAGAGAAGACCCCAAGCAUUUACCAUCCCUUACACUAUUGACAUGCUCCAAUUUGCUAAAGCCCAAUGUGAUUUGGAAGCACCUAAUGCCGUAUGCGAUCUAUAAACAACUUGGGUUGGGGGAACCGAAAGCCACAACUAUGAGACUCUUAAUGGCUGACCGAUCAAUUAAAUAUCAUGUGGGGAUACUAUAUGCCAUCUUCGUAAAGGUUGAACGAUUCAUUUUCUCGGAUGAUUUUGUCAUUCUCAAUUGUGAAAUAAAUGUUGAAAUUCCCAUCAUUUUGGGAAGGACAUUCUUAGCAACCAAGAGACCGUUGGUGGAUGUCGAAAGUGGAGAAUUGAUGUUUCGGGUGAAUGAAGAUGAAGUUACCUUCAAUGUUUAUAAGCCAAUGAAACACCCAAGUGAUAUUCAUGUGGUCUCCACUGUUGAUGUUAUUGAUGAGGCGGUGGCUAGUGUAAAAUUACCUCUUCAGGUGUUGAGAAGGCAUAUCAAAGCUAUAUGUUGGACUAUCGCUGACAUAGUAGGCAUUCCUCCAGAUUAUGUUUCUAAAUGGGUGGAAGUUGUUGCACUUCCAAACAAUGAAGGGAAAAGUGUGGUUCAAUUCCUGAAACGCUACAUCUUUGCUAGAUUUGGUACUCCUAGGGAUAUCACUAGUGAUGGUGGAUCCCACUUUUGCAAUAAGUGGUUCUCAGCCGUAUUGAGUGAAACACAAAGUAGCAACUUCGUAUCAUCCCCAAACAAGAAGCCAAGUUGA